GUCAUCAAUAAGAUGAACGAGUAGCUCGUCUCGUUAUAACCUCACCAAUGGCUUAAAAAGUCCAAUCCACGGCUAUCAUUUCCAGUAUACCUUUACCAUGUUAUCCAUGUGGCGAUUCCUAGUCUAUGUCUGCGUCUCAGUAACAGCAGUAGCACUCCCCCCAUCGUCUACCAGACAGCAUGCGUUCAACUGGAAUUCUACCAAGUACCUCAUCGCAUUCGGUGACUCGUACACAUAUGUCCAAGGAACCCAUGGACGCCAGAACUUCAGCUUCAUCGGAGACCAGCUGGAUUUCGCCUAUGAUGGACAAGAUCUGCUCUCGAACAUGAUUUUUCAGAAUCAGACAUCCACUGCAGAAGGGGGUCCUAAUUGGAUCGAGUUCCUGACCGGCUGUGGUGUCAAGGAUGGACUAGUAUCGCCAUUGAAUUGCGAGAGACAAUUAUGGGAUUUUGCAUUCGCAGGUGCAGAUAUCUCUGUUGCGCACACUCCUCUCCAUCACAAAUACACCAUCUCUCUAGUCAACCAAAUCACUCAGUACAAAACCUACGGCCACCCUAUCCUCAAAAACAUCGUGGAUCCCUCCCAAACCCUCAUCACAGUCUGGAUAGGCAUUAACGACAUCAACGACAGCGCAGACUACAAUGUCCACUUCCCUACCUUCUACAAUACCCUCAUGACUACCCUCUUCUCCUCCAUCCAAACCCUCUACUCCCUGGGGUACCGCUCCUUCCUAUUUCUGAAUCUCCCACCACUAGACAAAACACCAGCAAACCAAGCAGCCAGCACCAUCACGCCCAGUCCCAACGCGACACAGAUAACCUGGUACAACGACGCUCUGGUAACUCACGCGGCUGCAUUCCACAGAAACCACACUAACACGAACGUAUUGGUGUUCGAUGCGCAUUCAGUCCUUGGCAAUAUCAUGGAUCAUCCAGCGGAGUAUGGGAUCGUGAACACGACUAGCUUCUGUGCGGGAUACGACCAGCCAGACAUUAACUGGAAUUACGAAUCGUAUGGGUGUCCAACGCCAUUGAGUAAAUACUUUUGGUUUAACUCGGGCCAUUUGACGAGCCAUGUCCAUGAGGUUCUUGCAGAUGCUUUGGAGGCGACGUUGAAGGGUUGGGAAGGUUAG